AUGUGGUAGGGCAGUUGUGGGACCAAAGCAUGGAUGUGGCCGGCGUCCUGAACAGCCGCGACCACCUCCAAGUGCUGUCAGCCACUCUCUCAGCUGAAAAUCGCAAUGGCAGUUGUGAACAGGCACUUCAAAAAGCAUUAAUAGGCCACUUGUCGCCCUAGCAGGAUAGCAGUCAAUCAAAGCAGAAUAGUAUGACAAAGUCACUACCACAGUGAACCGGGGAAGCAUACUGAUCCCAUCUUCUCUUUCACACAGCGACCUGCCUAACUCGUUGGAGGGGAUUCCCGGAAUAUCCUUUUGUGCAGGUAUUGAGAUCAUCCAUUGGAGCUAGCGAAAUCAGGUACCAACACAUAUCACGGAAUCAUCGCUGUGUAAGACCGUAUAUGCCGCCUCCGAAAAUGUUUCUGCAAUUCUUGCUUCUACUCCUUGCGCUUCCGUUUUGUACUCCUGCUGACACCAUAACUCCGACCCGACCCCUAAGGGACGGAGACUUUCUGGUGUCUAAAGGAGCACGCUUCGCUCUUGGGUUCUUCUCCCUCGGCAACCUCAACCACCGCUACGUUGGAAUUUGGUAUUACAAUAUUUCAAAACAAACAGUUGUAUGGGUCCUUAACAGAGACGAUCCAAUCAAUGACACCUCCGGAGUGCUCUCAAUUCAUACCAGAGGAAACCUCGUUCUCUACCGCCGAGACUCUCCUCUCUGGUCCACAAACGUCUCUGUCUCAUCGGUCAACAGCACGGUAGCUCAGCUUUUGGACACAGGUAACCUAGUUUUGAUCCAAAAUGAUGGUAAAAGGGUUGUAUGGCAAGGCUUUGAUUAUCCCACAGAUACCAUGCUUCCCUACAUGAAGCUAGGACUUGAUAGGAGAACCGGGUUGAAUCGGUUCCUAACAUCUUGGAAGUCACCGAGUGACCCAGGAACCGGUGAAUACUCGUACAAGAUGGAGGUAAGUGGGUCUCCUCAACUAUUCUUGCAAAAGGGUUUCGAUCUGAUUUGGCGAAACGGCCCCUGGAAUGGUCUACGGUUGGCGGGUGUGCCGGAGAUGAAUAUCGGCUUCUUAUUCAACGCCAGUUUUUUGAACAACGAGGAUGAGGUCUCUGUGGUAUUCGGCAUGGUGCAGCCCUCAAUUUUGUCCAGAUUAACGGUGGACAGUGAUGGACUCGUCCCCCGCUACACGUGGCAGGAAUCGGACCGUAAAUGGGUAGCAUUCUGGUUCGCGCCGGGGGAACGCUGCGACAAUUAUGGCCGGCGUGGGCCCAACGGCAAUUGCAACCUCUAUACAGCAGACGACUUUGAGUGCACGUGCCUUGCGGGAUUCGAGCCCAAGUCAGCACGUGAAUGGUCAUUGAGAGACGGGUCGGGCGGGUGUGUGAGGAUCCAAGGCGCGAACUUGUGUAGGAGUGGGGAAGGGUUCAUAAAAGUGGCACAAGUGAAGGUACCGGACACAUCGGCGGCGCGUGUUGACACGACCUUGAGCUUGGAAGAGUGCAGAGAGGAGUGCUUGAAUAACUGCAACUGCAGUGCGUACACAAGCGCUAACGUGAGUGGAGGAGGGAGUGGGUGCUUGUCCUGGUAUGGGGAUUUGAUGGACACAAGAGUAUUCACCAAAGGGGGCCAAGCCUUAUUUCUUCGUGUGGAUGCUGUUACUUUAGCUCAAAGUAAAAGAAAGAAAAAUAUAUUUCACAAGAAAUGGAUGAUCGGGAUUCUCACAAUGGGGGUUGCUUUAGUCACGGUUCUCAUGGUCUCCUUAUCUUGGUUGGCAACGAAGAAGAGAAAAGAUGAAACAAAAAGAUCAAUGUUGACUUGGGAGAAGCGCUUUGAAAUCAUUAUUGGAAUUGCCCGAGGGAUCUUAUAUCUUCAUCAAGACUCAAGAUUAAGAAUCAUACAUAGAGAUCUAAAAGCAAGUAAUGUUCUAUUAGAUGUUGAUAUGAUCCCAAAAAUUUCAGAUUUUGGUAUGGCUAGAUUAUUUGGUGGGAAUCAAAUUGAAGGAAGCACAAAUCGGGUAGUUGGAACAUAUGGUUAUAUGUCACCUGAAUAUGCAAUGGAAGGACUAUUUUCAAUCAAAUAUGAUGUAUAUAGUUUCGGGGUUUUGCUAUUAGAGAUUAUUACUGGGAGAAGAAACACAACUUAUUAUUGUGAUAGUCCCUCCUUCAACUUAGUUGGAUAUGUUUGGAGCCUAUGGAAUGAAGGGAAAGCCUUGGAUGUAGUAGAUGUAUCACUAAUAAAGUCAAAUCAUGCAAACGAAGGAUUGAGAAGCAUCCAAAUUGGACUCUUAUGUGUGCAAGAAUUUGCAAUAGAUCGACCUACCAUGUUGACAAUUAUUUCCAUGUUGGGUAACAACUCCACUCUUCCUCCUCCUAAUCAACCUGCAUUUAUCAUGAAAACAUGUCAUAAUGAUGCAAAGUCACCUAAUGUAGGAGCUUGUUCCAUAAAUGAGGUAACAAUAACUAUGGAUGCGUGCUAAAUGCUCAAGCUCUCAUGUGUAAAUUUAUUUACCAUGACAAGAAAUUGUGCACACAAUAUCAUUAAAUUUCUCUACUUUUGUAACUCAUUUUUCCUUUUUAAUUAAAUGCAAUUAUAAGGUAA